ACAAACCCAAUCCAAGGACCUGGUCAACUCGCCCUUCCACUCCGUCUUUCGCAGGUACAGUAGUCUCUGAUUCUCCCCUAACCCUUCCUUUCUCUCCAGUCUGGGCUCGCUUUGUUGUCCUGGCCAGUCUCGAACUCCUAGCUCACGUGGUCCUCCUGGCUCCUCCUCGUAGCUGGGAUUAAGACGGGCGCCACCGCACCUGCCCUUCCGGUAUUUUUACAACUUUGCUUAAACUGUAAACUCUGAAGCGUUCUCUGAGGGGAGCGGUGUGCACUGUCCUGCAAGCCUGGGGAAGAGUUUAGAGGUUGGGCUCUCGCAGAGCGACAGCGCGGUUGCAGGAGCAUCGCUGGGUCCCGAGAAUUGGCGUUUAGGCGAGCCUAGGGAAGCCACCAACUCGGGGACGACGGAACCAAAGGAACGGAGGGACGUGCAGACACAGCCCGACUACCCGCGCCAGGACCGACCGGCUCUAACCCCCAAGGCGCAGCCGCGACUUGAAGUAGCCUUUGGCGCGGCACUUUGUGCGUCACCAUUGGAACCGGCGCGGGCGUUGUGACGUCAUCAAGUGGCGCGUGUGUAGGGCGCAGGGCCGGCGGUAGCGUCAGUGAGGAGCGCGGUCCUCGGCUGCUGACCGCUGAGGCAGGUGCAGCGUUGUCUGUGAGACCCAACUUAGCGAUACCAGAACCAUCUCGAGAGCAUUCUCCUUCAUUUUGUGAAUAUGGAUCGUCGCUGAGUACUGUGGGGACGAGGUCCAACGUUUGCAGGCCCCAGCGAGAUCUCCUUGAGCCGACGGCCUUGAGACGUCUCUGGCGCCCGGGCUGUCACCGACCUGCCCGAAUCUUGGGGAGGCCACCCUGAGGCGUUCCGGGGCCCAAGUCCGGCGGCCGCUGACGGAGGCGUGUAGGCAUUUUGAAUCGACACGGGGAACUUUAUUUGAAAAGCCUCCGGAGGUAAGUACCUGACGGUCUGUGGCUCGCGACUGGGGAACAGAAGGAGGUCGGGUGCGACAUAGACUUCUCUGACAGGAAUCGCCCACCCAAUUAAAGAGUGAUACAGGGGUGGCACUCACUUGUUUGUCCGGCGCCAUAUUUGUUUCGUUUGUCAUCGUUCUGUGUUCCACGUUGUCUUAUAUCUUUAGUCGAAAGUACAUGGGAAAUUCGGAAUCCAAGGCACUUACGCCUCUAGAUUGUGUUUUGAAACAUUUUAAGCAAAUAUAUUCUGAAGAUAGGGAGGAUGGAUAUGGGGUGAAGUUUUCCAAAGGAAAACUUUGCACCUUCUGUGAACUAGAAUGGCCCAAGUUUAGGGUGGACUGCCCACCCAAGGGAGUCUGGGGUGUGGUGGCAGGAGAGAAGGGACCGCGACACCCAGACCAGUUCCCAUAUAUUGAUGUAUGGAAUGAUAUGAUUGAUAACCCUAGUAAAUGGCUCUUACAUUGUUCUCUUAAAUUCGAUGGACUCACUAACAUUGUUUUCAGGCCCAUGAUUGGAAGGAACCGAUGGGUCCAAGGACCCAAAGCUCAGAUCCUGGUGGCUAGGUCUGAGGGUCAACCUAACCCAUCUCUCCACAGGAAACAAGGACAAACAGAUGUUUUCCCCCCUCAUCCUGAAGAUGAGACGGAUCCUCUUUCCUUGGCCCCUCCUUAUCCUAGCUCAACACCUCCAACCCCAGAUUCAACACAGGAGGAUCUUUGGUCCCCCCCACACCAGGUCGGGACAAGAUUAUGGGCCUCGAGGAACUACAGCAGGGGGCCCUGCCUCCCCUGACUCUAUGCCCGGCGUGGCCCUCCUUUUUUCUUCUCCAUGAAGCCCGGCCUGGAGGGGGUUUUGUGUAUGUGCCUUUUACCACUAGUGAUCUUUAUAAUUGGAGAUAUCAAAAUCUCCCUUUCUCUGAGAAACCCCAGGCUCUAACCUCUCUUCUUGAGUCUGUUUUCCACACCCAUCAGCCAACUUGGGAUGACUGCCAACAGCUCUUACAGACCCUUUUCACCUUGGAAGAAAGGGACCGUAUUUUUCAGGAGACAAUUAGAGCUGCCUUGGGCCCUGGUGGCCACACCGCCCCUGACCAUGCCCAAGGUAUAGAGGCUGUCUUGCCCACGAAGUGUCCGAAUUGGGAUCCCAACACAAAUGAUGGUUAGAGGGAAUUGGACACUUACCGCCAGCACCUUUUGGGUGGACUCUGGUUGGCAGUACGAAAACCUACUAAUUUGUUUUUUUGGUACCAGGGAUCGAACUCAGGUCCUUGAGCUUACAAGGCAGGUGGUGGAACCACUGAGCUAAAUCCCUGGCCCUAAACCUACUAAUUUGACCAAGGUAAGUGAGGUUCUUCAGGGAAAAACAGAGUCGCCUGAGGCUUUUCUGGAAAGGCUUAGAAGCCUACUGGGUAUAUACCCACAUUAACCCGGAUGCACCAGAAUACCUUGCCGCUAUUAAUCUACCUUUUGUUUCUCAGUCGGCCCCAGACAUUGGGAAAAAAGAAAAAUUACAGGGCUGGGGAUUUAGCUCAGUGGUUCCACUGCUUGCCUCAAAAGCACAAGGACCCGAGUUCGAUCUCCGGUACCAAAAAAAAAAAAAAAAAGAAAACAAAUUACAGAAAUUAGAGGGAUUUCAGGGAAAGAAUAGGUCUGAGCUCUUGGGCGUCGCCCAGAAAGUCUUUGAUAAUAGAGAUACUCCAGAAAAAGCAGUAGCCAAGAGGCUUGGAAAGGUAACCAUUGCCGCACUGGAAGCUCAUAAGACUUAAGACACAGGGAGGAGAAAAAAAACCACCACCAAGAGACAAACAUUGCCCUCCCCUAGGGAAAGACCAAUGUGCUAUUUGCAAACAGUUUGGACACUGGAAGAGGGACUGCCUUUAUAAGAAAAGGGAAGAAAACCAGGACAAAAAGGGACCAAAAAUACUGGCAGUAGAGGAAACAGAAGACUAGGGACAUCAGGGCUCUUUUGUGUUGAGCCCCUGGGAGCCCAUGAUAACAGUCAAAGUUGGGGGCACUCCAGUGGACUUCCUCAUAGAUACUGGGCGGCUCAUUCAGUACUUUUACAACCAUCGGGAGCAUGACUGCCACAAAAACCCUAGUGCAAGGAGCAACAGGCACCAGAGAUAAAAUGUACCCAUGGACUACCUCUAGGACAGUGGAUUUAGGAAGUCACACAAUGAUGCAUUCUUUCCUUGUUAUCCCAGAAUGUCACUAUCCCCUGUUGGGAUGGGAUCUCCUCGGGAAAUUAAGGGCCACCAUCUCUUUUAAUGAACAAGAUGCCAGUCUACACUUGGGUAUGCCAAGUCAGAGCAUGGUCACUUGCCCGCUGUCGGAGGAAUAUCUCCUCCAGCCCCAAGGUGAUCCAGAGGUUCCAGAGGGAGAUACAAAAUUGAUAAAAGAAUUUCAGAGGCUCUUUCCUAAGGUUUGGGCAGAAACAAACCUGCCUGGACUGGCAGCACACCAACCUCCUGUUGUGGUUACCCUCCUGGCAGCAGCAACCCCCAUCGCCAUCAAACAAUACCCUAUCAAGACAGCUGCCAGAGAAAAAAGGAGGAUUCAUUUUCGGAGACUCCUGGAUGCUGAAAUCCUGAGACCAUCUUGCAAAGAAGUAACCAAAGACUUCCUCGAGCUGCUACAAGCCCUCGGUUAUAGGGUCUCAGCCAAAAAGGCACAGAUUUGUGUCACAAAGACCACCUAUUUGGGCUACCAACUAUCUGAAGGAAAGCGAUUGCUUUUAAACCAGAGAAUUCAGACCAUCCUCCAAAUUCCAACUCCAACUACAAAGCACCAAGUCAGAGAAUUCUUAGGGUCCAUGGGCUAUUGCAGACUCUGGAUAUUAGGGUUCGCUGAAAUCGAGAAGCCCUUAUAUUCAGCCACAGCCUGGGGGGGAGUCCCCACUCCUUUGGACGGAGAAGGAAGAGCAAGCCUUCCAAGGAUUAAAGGAGCCCUUACGGGCUGGGGAUUUAGCUCAGUGGUUCCACCACGAAGGACCCGGUACCAAAAAAAAAAAAAAAAAAAAAGAGGCCCUUACUUCGGCCUCUGUUCUGGCGCUUCCUCACAUCACAAAACCUUUUCACCUGUUUGUGAUAGAAAGGGGAAGAAUUGCUAAAGGGGUAUUAACCUAGACCCUGGGACCUUGGAACAGACCAGUUGCAUAUUUAUCUAAGAGAUUGGAUCCAGUAGCCACUGGAUGGCCAUCCUGUCUACAGGCCAUAGCACCCACUGCCUUGUUGGUAAAAGAGGCAGACAAACUGAGCCUGGGCCAAGACCUGAUUAUUGUCACCCCACAUCCCGUCAGGACAUUACUGAGAGGGGCUCCCAGUCAAUGGCUCUCAAACGCACGGCUGACUCAAUAUCAAGCCUUGCUCCUAAAUCACCCUAGGAUCGUUUUUGCCCAGACUGUGUCCCACAACCUGGCAACGCUGCUCCCUGAUCCUAAAUUGGACGCACCUGUCCAUACCUGUGAAGAUGCUAUCAUCUCGUCUUCCUCCAACCGCCCUGACCUUACGGACGUCCCCAUCAAGAGACCGGAGGAGGUUUACUUACGUAGAAGAAGGCAUCAGGUAUGCAGGAGCAGCCAUGGUCACACCGGAGGGACAGGUAAAGUGGGCCCAAUCAAUGAGCCAAGGCUCAUCAGCUUAAAAGACCGAGCUGAUUGCCUUAACACAGGCCUUAUGGCUGGGAAAAAGAAAAACUAUAAACGUUUACACUGAUAGCUGGUAUGCGUUUGCCACUGCUCAUGUACAUGGUGACAUCUACUGACAGCGAGGUCUUUUAACCUCGGAAAGAAAAACCAUCAAAAAUAAGGAGAUUCUGGCCCUCUUGGAGGCAAUUUGGGAACCGAAGGCAGUAGCCAUUGUCCAUUUCAGAGGACACCAAAAGGGAGACCACUAUGAAGCAAAAGGAAACAGAGCAGCAGACCUAGUGUCCAAAAGAGUGGCCAAAGAACCAGUGGGGCCUAUAGACAUCCUACUCGUAAAGCCCCUGGAACAUGGGUCGGGGAUUUAGCUCAGUGGUUCCGCUGCCUGCCUUGCAAGCGCAAGGACCCGAGUUCAGUCCCCGGUACCAAAACAAACAAACAAAAUUAGCAUUGUUUGGGCCAGGGAUUUAGCUCAGUGGUUUCGCCACCUGCUGCGCAAGCGGAAGGACCCAAGUUCGAUCCCUGGUACCAAAAACAAACAAAAAGCUACUAUGAAGCCCCUGGAACACUUACCAAACCAGCCAAACUAUACCCCUGAGGAAGAAGUUCAAAAUAAACAAUCAGGAGCAAUAAAACCAGAGUUCUGGAUGGUGGGAGAGACCCGAUGGCCUCAUUUGCUUACCCAGAGUGUUGGGAAGACAAAUACUUCAACAACUCCACUGUCUCACCCAUCUGGGGCAAAGGAAAUUAAAAGAUCUGGUAAGCUCUAAGUUUUCAAUCCCAGGACUAACUCUGUUGGCUCAAGAUAUUUGUUCCAGGUGCCACCAAGGUAAAUCCCCAACGAGACCCAAAAACAUUGGGACUCGGUUUAGGGGGACCCAACCAGGAGAACACUGGGAACUGGACUUCACUGAGAUAAAGGCAAGUAAACAUAAAUUCAAGUAUUUGCUAGUUCUGGUGGACACUUUUUCAGGGUGGGUAGAAGCCUGUCCAACCCAAACAGAGACUGCAGCCGUGAUUACAAAAAUAUUGCUCCAAGAGCUCAUCCCCCGUUUCAGUCUCCCACGUUACCUGGGGUCCGACAAUGGUCUGGCCUUCACAGGCCAAGUGUCUCAACAGUUGGCAAAGGCCUUAAAUAUUAAAUGGAAAUUACAUUGUGCUUAUUGCCCACAGAGUUCAGGGCAAGUGGAAAGGAUGAAUAGGACCUUAAAAGAGACAUUAACUAAAUUCGUUUUAGGAACUGGCGGAAAGCGGCCCGAUCUCCCUCUUGCCUUGCUACACGUUAGAUGCUCCCCAUAUGUGGAAAAAAUCACCCCAUUUGAGAUCGUGUACGGGAGACCUCCUCCUCUCCUCCCCAGAGUUAAUUUGGAACAGGCCAAUGAAUAAUGAUUUUUAAAUUCGAUCUUUACAAGCCUUGCAAGAGAUUCAGCUUGAGAUCUGUCACCGCAUAUGGGCAACCAGAGGACAACAGCCUUUCCUGCCCCACCAGUUCAAACCAGGGGAUCUUGUCUUGGUUUGCCAACAUCACUCCAAGACCCUGGAGCCCCAUUGGAAAGGAUCUUACCCAGUGAUCCUGACAACCCCUUCCAUGCUAAAGGUGGCCGGGCUCACCCCUUGGAUUCACCACACUCAUGCCAAGCUGGCACCACCAGAGGACAACCCACCAUCGACAUGGAAGGUCCUCAGCCAGCCCGAGGACCAAAAGAUAAGACUGGGAUGGGAAACAAAACCAUAAUUAUGGUAAUUCUAUGUCUGAUAAGGUUUCAGGGAGGUGAUGCUAACAACCCAAAAACAGAAAUUUGGGAACUCAGGAUGACCACAAGUGGCAGAGUGGUCAGCCAAGUUCAUAAGGGUCCCGAUACCAGCCAAGUUGAAUUCAGUUUAAGUCUGUGCAGUUUGUUUUCGGAAAUAUGGAGUCUAGCCAGAGGAACAGGAGGGUGCACAAUCGUAAGUUGGACGGAACCACAUCCUGUUCAAUUCUAUGUUUGUCCAGCAGAGGGCACUCCUAAAUGUGGGGAGAAGGGAGAUUAUCACUGGUGCCUGGGGAUGUGAAACUAUAGCCCCCUGGCAAGUCCGAGUAGAGGACGUUUGGAUAGGUGUUUCCCCCACAACAUUAUAUCAUAGUAGCUGUAAUUCAGGAACCUGAUAUCCUAUAAAAAUCAACAUCAAAUGGAUAACAGACUCAAGUUGGAAGGCUGGAAAAACAUGGGGGCUCAGAUUAUAUGUCGCGGGAUGGGACCCUGGUGUACGAUUCACAAUACAGAGAAGUAGAUAUAAACCCCCUCCUAUACCUACGGGUCCUAACAAAGAGUUAGCUCUACCUACCCUGGUCCAUAGACCCCAACAGCCCAAAAAGGUGACCCUAGCUCCCACCGUGACUGAAUUAACCCCUACUAAUUUCCAGACAAACAAACCCCUCACCACUACCAGACCUAACUCAGCUACCCCAAUCUUACAGAUGUUGGCUCAUAUCCACAACUUGCUAAAUUUGUCUGAGCCCAAUGAAGCAAAGGAUUGUUGGUUAUGUUUAGACCCAAAACCUCCCUAUUAUCUGGGGAUUGGAACAAAUACCGACCCUGUAUCUGUGUCCUCAUAUAACUGUACCUGGGACAGGCCAAGACUGACCUUGGGAGACACUCAAGGGACAGGGAGAUGUCUCGCUGGCCCUACUUAUAAUCUAGAAAGCUCCCCUUACCAAAGUCUAUGUGACAAGACUCACUAACCACACAUCAGGUAAAACUGGCCUCCAUACAAGGCUACUUCUGAGACAUGGUUUGCUUGCACUGAAGGGCUAACCAACUGGAUAACAAAAUCUCAGUUUACUGAAAAUUCUGAUAGCUUGUUGUGUGUAACAGUGUAUGUGCUCCCCCAGGUCCUGUAUGAUAAUGGAGAAGGAGGACAAGAACAUUGAGGCCCAAUCUCUAACCCCUAUGGGACCCUUCGCACCAAAAGAGCUGCACCUGUCUUGGUCCCUAUACUCCUCGGGUUAAGCGUGGCUGGAUCGGCAGCCAAUGGGACUUCCUCCUUAAUAAUACAAGAUUCUAGCUUCAAAGCCCUCUGUCAUCAGGUUGCUCGAGAUCUAGGUCAUUUAGAAGAUUCAGUCUCCAGGUUAGAAAAACAAGUAAAUUCAUUAGCUGAGUUAGUAUUACAAAACAGAAGGGAUUUAGAUUUAUUAUUCAUGAAACAAGGUGGGCUCUGCGUAGCCUUGGGUGAAACAUGCUGUUUUUAUGCCAACCAGUCAGGGAUUAUCCGUGAUACCCUAGAAAUGGUAGGUGAAAA